AUGUCCGUCAUCCUGCGCGAUCCCACCACGGGAGUGGUUCGCCUGUUCUGCAAGGGCGCCGACAAUGUCAUCUUCGAGCGACUCGCUCCGGGCCAGGACGAGCUGAAGCAGGCGACGUUCGACCAUCUGGCCACGUUCGGCAGCGAGGGCCUGCGCACGCUGGUGUUCGCCACGCGGGUCAUUCCCUCCGACGAGUACGACGCCUGGAACGAACGCUACCGCCAGGCGGCCCUCAAGAUCUACGGCCGCGAAGAAGCCAUGGACGCGGUGGGCGAAGAGAUCGAGAAGGGCAUGGAGCUGUUGGGCGCGACGGCGAUCGAGGACAAGCUGCAGGACGGCGUGCCGCAGGCCAUCAGCACACUGAUGGCGGCGGGCCUCAAGAUGUGGGUGCUCACCGGCGACAAGAUGGAGACCGCGAUCAACAUCGGCUACUCGUGUUCGCUCCUCACGCAGGACAUGAAGACCCUGGUCCUCUCCUCGGAGGAGGCGGACCAGUCCGAUGAGGACAGCGACGUCGACAACAACGGCACGAGUGUGGUAUCGCCGCAGACGGCGAUUCAGGCGCUAGACCGCCACUUCCGGCACCACUUCGGCGGGCAGGUCGAGCCGUGGUCGCAGGCCAAGAUCGAUGAGUUCCUCUUCUCCCUGUCGGCUGGCACCCGGAUGCAAGAAAAGGAACUGCAGGAGUUGCAUAGCAACAUCAACAACCGCGGUAUCGAGCCCCGCGAGUUCGCGCUGGUGAUCGACGGCAAGGCGCUGUCGCAGUAUCUGCCGUCAUCGGGUGCCUACAACGAGCUGUCGGCGCGCUUCCUCGAGCUCGCCAUGCGCUGCAAGGCCGUCAUCUGCUGCCGCGUCUCUCCGCUCCAGAAGUCGUUGGUGGUGAAUCUGGUAAAGAAGGGGCUGAAGGCCACUACGCUCUCCAUCGGCGACGGAGCCAACGACGUGCCCAUGAUCCAGGCGGCCAACGUCGGCUUGCAAGCCAAAAGCCACAACGGUAUUAACUCACCGCUGGGCGCGCGCUACUCGCAUGUUGUGAUGAUAGGCGUGGGCAUCAGCGGCAAGGAGGGCCGUCAGGCCGUCAUGGCCGCCGACUACGCCAUCGCUCAGUUCCGCUUCCUGGUGCCGUUGCUGCUGGUGCACGGCCAGUGGUCGUACAGGCGCAUGUGCAAGCUGGUGCUGUACUCCUUCUGGAAGAACAUGCUCUUCGCGAUCACCAACAUCUGCUUCGGCUUCUACUCUGCCUUCUCGGCCCAGACGCUGUACGACAGCUGGGUGGUGUCGUUCUACAACAUCCUGUUCACGGGCCUGCCCAUCUUCCUCGUUGCCGCCUUCGAUCAGCCCAUCUCGCGGAAGCAGAUCAUGGACUAUCCGCCGCUCUAUCGCAACGGAAUCCGCCAUCAAUCCUUCUCGUCGUUCAAGUACUGGCAGUGGCAAUUGUGGGCCGUCGUGCAAGCGGUCGUCAUUACGAUGUUCUCCGUCGCCGCCUGUAGGAACGACAUUCUGUUGGGCAGCGGCCAGACGCUGGACGCCUUUGCGCUCGGACUGGAGAUCAUGACCGCCGUCAUCUUGACCGUCAACGCCAAGAUCUUCCUCGUCACCAACACGUGGACGGUGUGGAAUCACAUCGCGGUGUGGGGCAGCGUGGCGGCGUGGUUCCUGUUCAUCAUUCUCUACGCGCCCAUCCCGACCAGCAACCUGCUGGGUCCCAACCUCAUCGGGUGGGUCACCUUCAAGGCCAUGUCCUCGGCCUUUUACUGGCUCGGUGCCAUCCUCAUCACCGCGUGCGCCAUCCUCCCCGAUCUCGUCUACUGCUAUUUGAGGCGUACCUAUCUGCCGGAGAACUAUCACGUCAUUCAGGAGAUGCACCUGCUCAACGAGGAGGACCAGCGCAAGCUGCGUCGCCGGGAGCGCGCCAAGCGCAUGCGCCGCAAGCUCACCAGCCUGGUCAAGCGCAGGCACACCGGAUUCGCGUUCUCGCAGGCGCCCGGCGUGAGAGAUGUGAUGCUCACACUGGGCCUCGCGCCCGUUCCGUCGGAGAAGAAGGACGACAGUCAGAGGAGGAACAACACGCAACGCGAAGACGAGAUGGCCCAGGAUGACGAGGAGGUGUUCGACGACACGACUGCCCGUCGCGGCGCCAGGGACGACGAGGCCUUCCACGACGACCUCUCCAACGAACACAACAGCUACUGA